AUGGCACCGUGGUCGAGGAAGAAGAGCGAUGCGGCUGCGGCCAAGGUCGACAAGGAAAAUGAGGCCCUCGCUGAGAAGCAGCAGAACGGCGCGAAUGGCGCCCGGGCAGCUUCGUCGGACGAAGCGCUGCCUGCCUACUCGGCCGAGGCACAGCCGUCCCAGGAACCACCGACGGCGGCCGACCUCGCCGCACUGACGGACGUGCUCGCCAACCUCAAGCUGCCGACGACGCCGCAGCCGAUCCCGGCGCCGUCGUCCAACAUGGGCGACGAGAGCCAGUAUGCGUGGCCGACGGCCGACGAGGCGCUGGCCCACCUGCAGUUUCUGGCAGCGGUGCACGCGCUCAAGGAGGAGGUGGGCUACACGGACGGCAUCUUUGGGCUGCACGACGCCCUGGCCGCGGCGCCCGACAGUGUGGUGCAGAUCCCGCUGCACCUGCCUGACGGGCAGGCGGCGCCCCAGACCCGCGAGGACCUGUACCGCGCGCGGCUCAGCAAGGUGCGCGAGAAGCGCUGGGCGCUGUACGUCGCGCGCGCCGUCGACCGCUACGAGGCCUGGUGGCUGCAGGUCACGCGGGACAACACGCGCCUCCGGGAGGCGGACAUGACCGUGCCCCUGCACCCGGCGUACAGCGGCUUUGUGAACGUGGACCUGCCCAAGGGCACGCUGGCCUGGACGGCGGACAACCUGCUGCCGCUCGACGUGUGGAUGGUCCUGCACGCGCACAUGCUGAACCCGCGCGCCUUUCUGGAGGACUGCAUCCGCGCCGGCGCGCGCAACGUGUGGGCCGCCGGCAUGCCGUGGGCGGCCAUCAGCGCGGCCAUGGACCCCGAGCAGGGCACGUUCAGCCGCGUGACCGAGGCCGCCAAGACGGCGUGGACGGCCACGACGCAGCGCGCCUGGGACAACGUCGACGACGACGCCCACAAGGCGGUGCCGUGCCCGGCCUGUUCCCAGCUCACGCGCGCGCCCUGGACGACGUGCGGCGGCGAAGGCGGCUCAGGCGACCUGGUGGGCGCGGGGUACGGCGACGGCGGCGACGCCUUCGAGGUGCAGUGCGCGUCGUGCCCCUUUUUGAUCGACCGCAAGUCGCUGGCCGUGGGCAAGUUUGUGCGCGACGGCAUGGCGCUGAUCCGCGCCGGCCAGCCGAUGCCGGGCACGAUCCUGGAGCCCAAGACGGGCCGCGCAGACACCAUCCCGGUACGCACGUCGGCCGCCCAGCGCCCGGACGCGCUCACGUUCCCGAACCGACUGAUCAAGCGGGGCGGGCUGAUCGCGGCGAUUGUCGGCAGCGCGGGGCACGGCGACGUGGCGUCCUCCGCACAGGCGGUGCCCAUGGUCGAUCUGAGCGCGCCCGCGCGGACCACGUCGAUGGACACGGUGCGGGCGCGCCUCGAAGAGAUUCUGCGCGACAGCGACAAGCUCAAGGCCGUCGACGACUGGCCCGGGCGCACGCGGUACCGGCCGCUGCCGGCGGCGCGCCUGGCGGUGCGCAAGAUGAUGAGCCGGUACUGGGACAAUGCGAGCGUGUUUGCGCUGGACCUGACGGGCGCGGUGCUGCGGCAGGGCAUUUUCACGGACAAGAUGCAGGCGAUUGACUGGCUGCACAGCCCGGCGGCCCGCGCGACCAUGGCGCGCGUGCUCGAAAAGUACCGGCGCUUCUUUGGGCUGCUGGCGGACCACCCGCUGCAGGUGUGCGUGCCGACGCUCGACGUCGACCUCGGGUGGCACACGCACCAGCUGUCCCCGCCGGCGUACUACCACACGAGCGUGCGGCGCACGCUGCGCAAGUUUGUCGACCACGACGACAAGAUGGACGAGGACAAGCUGCACCUGGCCUUUGAGUACACGAGCAAGGCCUACCAGGACAAGUACGGCGAGGUCUACAGCGCGUGCACCUGCUGGUACUGCGAGGCCGUCCGCGCCGCGCACGUGUCGUCCGUGGGCGCCAGGCUCGGCCUCUCCAAGCAGGGCGGCGUCGCCGACGCCUUCCACGCCAGCGGCGCCGCCGCCCAGUGCCCGCCCGCCGACCGCGCCGCGCACGUCUCUGCCCACAACGCCGUGCUCUUUGCCGAGAACGACGUCCGCGCCAAGGUCACCCGCCAGAUCCGCGCCGCCCAGCGCGCCCGCCUCGACAGCAACUACAACAAGGCCGUCAAGCGCGCCGCCAAGAACGGCCGCACCCUGCCCCCGCGCGAGCAGUACUACGACCACUGGGGCUACUCGUACUUUAUGUACUCGCCCUUCGUCUACCCCCUCUACUUCAGCCCCGCCUACUACUACGCCGCCCCCGGCUUCGUGCCCGUCGGCGGCGGCGAGUGGGCCAACUGCGCCAACGGCAGCUGCGGCGGCGGCAACGGUGUGGCGGCCGGCGCGUGUGGCGGGCCGGGCGGGUGCGGCAGCUGCGGAUCCAUUUCGGGCGGCUGUGCCGGCGGCGCCGGUUGCGGUGGCGGUGGUGGAGGAUGUGGUGGAGGUGGCGGCGCAUGUGGUGGCGGUGGUGGAGGCUGUGGCGGCGGCGGCGGCGGUUGUGGUGGUGGUGGGUCGUAA